GAUGCCCUGGAGGUCGACCAGGCCCCCUCACAGGACAUCCCCAGGCCACUGGUGAUCCCCGCCCCCAAGGGGACGCUGCAGCGAAUCUUUGGGACCUGCCAGGUGUUCCAGAGGCUCCACGAUAUAAAACCAAAGGUCACGGGACUCACAGUGCCCCUCAAAGUCAUGGAAUACUACCAGAAAGCCCACCAGUGCUUGGAGCGAGAGGACUGGGAGAUGGCUGUACUAUUCUUCUCCCGCGGCCUCCACCUGGACUCCCAGCUGGGCCAGUGCCUGUUUGAGCAGUGUGCCUUCCUGGAUGCCCUGGACAUCUUCUCGCAUGCUGCUGAGCUCCAGCCUGAGAAGCCCUGCUUCCGUUACCGCUGCAUGGCCUGUCUCCUGGCCCUCAAACGGCAUGGCGACUGCCUCUCGCUCAUUACCAAGGAGCUGAAGCAGGACCACACCAACGCGGACGUCUACAUCCUGCGGGCCAGACUCUACAACCUCAUGCAGCAG